AUGGAUCAUGACACGCUUAAUACGGCGUCAACCUAUCUAAACAAUCUCCUCCUUGCCCGCGGUCUGCUUCGAGACAGCAAGCCUCUCGACUUCGCCAAACCAACUCGAGAUACACGAGCCCAGAUCAUCAACCUUGUCCACGACCUCCUUCUACGACGCGAUCGCGACCAAGAGAACCGUGAGCAGAUUGCAUUGACCCUUCGAACCCUCCGAACCGAUCAGACCCGCAAGGAUGGCGACCUUGAACGCCUACAGACCCGUCUCGACACCCAGGAGCGCGUCUUGCUCCAGGCCCAGACCGAAGCCAGAAACGCUAAGAUCGAAAUGCGCAAAAUCGAGUCGACCACGAAAGCACUAAACGACCAACUUGGACGACUAAAAGCAUCCGUCUCGCAGAUCAAAACACAAUGUGCCAACGACGUACGAAAGCGCGAUAUGCACAUCGAACGCCUCAAAUCGCACCUCCAAGGUCAACAGAGGGGCAACAAAGGUGGUCUCGUCGCUCCUUCCAUCUCUAUCGGUGGAAGAGGCCCACACUCGUUCAACGCCUCAGUCAGAGACAUUUCGGAUCCAGAGUACAAUCUCAAGCAAGAGACGACCGACUUCCUCACACAACUCAGCUCUGGGCUCAGCGACGAGAACGAUGCUCUGAUCGACAUGAUUCGCGGCACACUGGUCACACUGAGAGAACUACUUGGCGUGCCCGAACAGAGCUUGGACGACACAGUUGACGGCAUUGAGAACGAAGACGGUACAAUAGGCUUUGCCCACGGAUCGCUCGCUGAAGAGCUCGAGUCCAUGCUAGAAACGCUCAAGACCGUCCUGACAAAUCCGAACUUUGUUUCGAUGGACGAAGUGGAAGCAAGAGAUGACGAGAUAGCACGAUUGAGAGAAGGCUGGGAUCAAAUGGAGGCAAGGUGGAGAGACCUGCUCUUCAUGAUGAACGGCUGGUGCACGAGACUGGAGAAGAACGGCGAUACCAUCAACCUCGAUGAACUUAAGAAGGGCCUCGGUCUGGGUGUUGGCCUUGAAGCCCCGCCGACUGCCCAGAAACUCCGUGCCAGCCAGCAUACUCACUCUGAUAGUGACCAAGACAGUGGCGUCCAUACAUUGAGUCCGACUCCGUCAGAAACGCGCACAGCUCCACCGAGCACUGCAAAGUCGCAAAGGAGCAUAGACCCACCAGAGUUUUUCAACCUCAAGCCUCGGGGUCACCAGCGCACACUCAAUAAGAUGAGCCACAACGUCCAAUCACCACGGAAGGUUGCAUUUGCUUUGAGUACCUCAGAGAAUACCGAUCCCGCCGAAUCAACCCCAGCCAAGCUCGAUACGCCCACCUCUACCAAAGAUGAGCAGUUGCCGCAAGGGGAAGACGAAGGAAUCCAGGACGAAGAGGAUCCCCGUAUGUCUGUCGAGGACAAAUUGCGCCUUGCACAGGCCGAGGCCGAGGCUGCAGGCCGCUCUUCUUACAGAAGCACAAAAGAGGAAUCGCAGCUCGACAUUGAACUCAAAGAGGAGAUGGUCAAGCUGCAAAGUCCUGCGAGGAAGACCAAGAUUCAAGGCAGGCCGAAGCGCAGGAAGAGCACCCUUAGUCCGGAAGAAUUGGAGGAUCUUCUGGGAUUGGAGUGA